UACCAAUAAAGUUUUUUUUGUAUCAUGUGACGUAGAGUAGUACACCGACUGCGCAUGCGUGAUUCCUGUUCACACACGUGAAGCAGCAGACAGCAUGGCGGACGGAGCAGAAGUUACGUUAGACCGGACUCAGGUGAAAAAGGCCGUCCAGGCUCUCCAGGCUUUCCUGAAAUCCAAGUCGACCGGAGACUCUCUGUUCCUGGACGAGACUCAGCAGAUCAGUCUGCUCUUCACCCUCUGGAAGAUCCCCAAACAGGCUCAGACCAUCCGCAUUCCCUUGCCCCAUGGCCAACGGCCCGACACAGACGAGGUCUGCCUCUUCACCAGAGAUGAGCCCAACAUGACCUCAGAGCAGACCCAGAGGUUUUAUAAGAAGCUGCUGCAGGAGAGGGGAGUGAAAAACAUCACUGAGAUCAUCCCGUACAAGGUCCUGAGGACGGAGUACAAACCGUUUGAAGCCAAGCGCCGCCUGCUGCUGAACUACGACAUGUUCCUUUCCGACGACCGCGUCCGCCGCCUGCUGCCUUCCCACAUCGGAAAACAUUUCUACCAGAGGAAAAAAGAGCCGCUGUCUGUAAACCUGGUGAGCAAAAAUCUGGCCAGAGACAUCCACAGAGUCAUCCAGGGCACCAGCAUGAAGGUUACCAACAAGGGCUGCUGCUGCAUGGCACAUGUCGGCCACGCCGGCAUGACCGCAGACGAGGUGACCGAAAACAUCGAAGCUGCUGUCCAAACGGUGGCGGCCAAACUACGCACGAAAGGACCCGUGAUGAAGCUCAUCCAUAUAAAGAGUAAAACGUCAGUGGCCCUGCCCGUCUACACCUCAGACCUGGACAACGUCAAAGUGCUGGAAGACGCAGAGGAAGAGGCUCAGGCUCAGAUUUCCAAGAAAAAGCGAGCUAAAGCCAAAAAGCAGGCAAAGAAGAAUAAGAAGACGGAGGACGGAAAGCAAACAGAUCCCACCGGAGAUGAGGAAAAAAUCCCGCAGCUGGUUCCCAUAGGAACACCUAGCAAAAAGCCUAAACUGGAGACGCCAUCCAAAAAGAAGCAGCUGCAGAAUUCACGCAAACCUUCCGGAGCGAAGAAAGGAAGAAACGCACCAAACAAAAUGACCAAGAAGGCUGGCAAGACUGGCAAAAGAAGAGUGCCUAAAGUGAAAUGAUUCUCCGUAAAGCUUCUUUUGUGCAUUACCCUCUCAACAUGGACAUUUUACACAGUACACAGGACCCGAUAUAUAUUCAGUCUAUUUUGUCUUUUCUUUGCUUAGAUGAAACAGAUUAUAAACGUUGUUAUCUGAAACUAUC